AUGGCUGACAGUGCUACAGCAUUAGCGAGUGAGUUCAAGAAACCAUCUUAAGUUACCCAUACCGUUACACCAAGUAGACUUUUUUUAGUAAUGCGACAAGUUUACACUGUUCCGGUGACAUUAAUUACCUAUAACAACCACGUAAUAUUACCAAUAAAGAUCACUUUCAUUAGAGUUUAAUCAAAAGUGUACAAAAUGUACCUCUAUUUUGCUAACUUGACCUUUUUCUAUGCAGUUUUGACCAAGAUAACCAUAAAAAUUUAUAUUUAUAAACAUAAAAUACGAAAUAUAAAAAAAUGAUUUAAGACGACAACUUGGUUACAUCACCAAUCUGCGCGGUUUGUGGAGACGCUGGAGCCAAGACCCACUAUGGAGUCACGUCUUGUCUCGGCUGCAAAGGCUUCUUCAGACGAGCCCUAAAGAAGGCCGAUCAGUAUGAAUGUCUCAACUCCAACAACUGUGUCAUCAACAAAAGUAAACCCAUUCUGUCCAAAUUCAAAUUUUUAGAUUUUCGGAAUUCCUGCAGAGCGUGCCGACUUCAGAAAUGCCUAAACGUCGGAAUGGACCCUGGAGCUGUCCGUCCCGACCGUGAUUUCACCGGAAAACAACAAAACAUUCGGAUUCAGUCCAGUCCACGACAAAACAAGCCUGGACCGUCCAAACAAACAACCCCAGACUCCAAAGAAGAACGAUGGAAGAAGAUACCGGUCGAGUAUCGCACUAUAAUGAUGAAUCUUCUGAAUAUAGAUGCCCUAGUGACCAGUGGCGACACUUCAAAAGACCCGUCCCAGCUGUACCCGCUGAAUGUAAACUCAAUCCGGGACAUCAUCGCAGACCCUUCCAAAUUAAAAGGGAAACGAACAGAAGUAAGAAUUAAUUAAUAAUCGGUUGAAAGCGAUGACUAACACGUUAAUAUUCGUCACAGAAAAUUCGUAAAUCAUUAACUACAAAUACUCACUAAAGCAAUAUUCUAUGUCAUACAAACUAAAACGAUUAUAUUAAUCACACAGAUUGCAGAAAUACUUACUAAUCUGACACUCACCAUUCCAGAUGAGAUACGAACCCUACCGAAUGGCCAGAAACGAAGAACUUCUAGGUGUGGUCAGUAGACGCCUCGUAGCCGCCAUUGACUGGGUCGAGACUCUUUCAGAAAUUAUGGGCGGCCUAGAUAUUGAGGAUAAGAUCGCCUUAGUCAAAGGUGGUUUUGGUGUAUUGAUGUUGUUUAAAAACGCGGCUAAAACAUCUAUAGUUACUGAGAAAACUGACAUCUUGUGUGUUUGUAACUUUGCUUACGUACCAAGAAAUAUGGCUACUGCUUAUGGAGAUUCAUAGUAAGUUAUUUGCUUUGUAUUACUUUAUCCAUAGAGUUGGUAUGUAGUUAGAAGUUUAUAGGUAUUUUUUGUUGUAAUUGCUUGAAAUUCAGGCCAAUUGAAACUGACCUUAUUUUGUAUUGUUUAGUCACUUAGACAACGGGUUAGUAGCCAGGAUUCUAGAUGAAGUCGUCACACCGUACCGAAAGCUACGACUGACAGAUGAAGAAAUUGUUUGUAUGUGCGCUAUAUCCGUAUUAAACCCAAGUAAGUUUACAAAAAAUAGAAUAUAACAAAAAAGUUUCAAAAUUUGAGUUAUCUUAUACCUAAACAUUGCUAAAACCUCUAAAACAAGCUCCUAUUUUAGAUAACAUAAUUUUAAAUCUUUCCGAUCAAAAACUACUUUAACUUUUUAAACCUGUACAUAACCAACAUACCUUUAGUGGCCCGUGGAAUCUCAGACGAUGGUUACGAGAAGGUCCUGACGCUACGCAACAAGAUUCACGACACCUUGUUCAUGAUAAUGAAGGAUGUGAAUGGAAGUCAGAAUCCAAGUUCUCGCUUUGGAAAUCUUCUGUUAUCAAUUCCAAUCCUAACGGGCAUGGCCAAUUCCGUCUACGAAAACAUUCGAUUCGCCCAAACCUUCUCCACCCUCGGUCGGAUCCCCUUGUUGAUCUCUUUGUUCGGCUGUUUCCCGGUGGAGCCAUUUCUCGAAGAACCACCUAAAGUAAUAUGUAAAUCGACAGAAACACAGACAGAUCACGCAUGUGUUGUAAGUUUAUGGAUUGGUAAAAGAUGUAAAAGAAAAUGCAAAAAAAACAAAAAAAAAUAAAAACAAUAUUUUGUAUUUCAAAAUAUUUCGCACAUCUUAUACGAGGGCGCAGACGAAACAAGUUUUUUCGCUCUUUGGUCGAUUUUUCAACUGAUAUUCGCCAAAUACAAAAAAUAAGAUAAAAAAAUAGUUAAUUUAACAAUAUUAUGUUAACUUAUAGAAGAAGAAGUUACUGAAGCGUAGAUUACCGUCAGCUCUUACGAAUCCUGUAGAGAACGAUCGGAAUCAGGAGUUUAGAUUACUCCAACCGCCGUGUUCCUACACGUUAACCGAAAUGUUUGACGACAUAAUCAAUGCUAAUCUCAAGAAGUUAAAACCUCAAGUAAGUUGUUUUAAAUCGUUAUUGGGGCGUUAGUUGUGAGGAAUCUGACCUUUUCUGUCGAAAAAAGCCAAAAUAUGUCAUUUAGGCAGCAAAUUACCAUACAGUACCAGCAAUGUAUUUUUCUCAAUCAACUAAAUCAGAUACUCCAACUUCUUCAAAAGCCAACGAAUAUUCGAGUAGUUCUGUAGCCUCAUCCUCAACAUGUCAGUCUUUGCUUGAAGUCCAGCCUUCUACCUCAGCCUCUAACAACUUAAGUAGGCAUGUACAGCUCUAA